AUGUGUCAUGCUUCCUCCAAGUCAGAGGCCAGAUGCACCCCCAACUCGGAUGAUGAAGCAUGGUUUGUUGGGGAAUUUGAAUCAUUCAUGGUCACGGAGCUGGGAAAAUGUGAGCCUCAGGCAGAUGUAAGAGCUCCUGGCUCUGCUGACCUGGUCCUUACUUCCAAACUGCUGUUCCUCCCCUUUUCAGACACAAGGUGGCGCUACCCUACUCCAGAGCACAGGCCCACCCACAGUACCCUUGGGCCUUGGAAGAAGCUAUCUGGCCAGCCAGGGUUGACAUGUGAAGAACUGCUGAGCAGACAAUGUCUUGGAAGUGUGGUUUUGAUUUCUUUUUCUUUGCCCUUUUUCGUUCCAGUGAAGAUUGUGAUCCGGGGGGACAGAAACACAGGCAAGACUGCGCUGUGGCACCGGCUGCAGGGCAAGAAGUUCCUGGAGGAGUACAUCCCCACUCAAGAGAUCCAGGUCACCAGCAUCCACUGGAACUACAAGACCACUGAUGAUGUUGUGAAAGUUGAAGUCUGGGAUGUAGUGGACAAAGGAAAAUGCAAAAAGCGAGGAGACGGCUUGAAGACAGAAAAUGACCCACAGGAGGCGGAGUCUGACAUGGCCCUGGAUGCGGAGUUCCUGGAUGUGUACAAGAACUGUAACGGGGUGGUCAUGAUGUUCGACAUCACCAAGCAGUGGACCUUCAACUACGUCCUCCGGGAGCUGCCCAAGGUGCCGACCCACGUUCCAGUGUGUGUGCUGGGCAACUACCGGGACAUGGGUGAGCACCGAGUCAUUCUGCCAGACGACGUGCGUGACUUCAUCGACCACCUGGACAGACCUCCAGGCUCCUCCUACUUCCGCUACGCUGAGUCUUCCAUGAAGAACAGCUUCGGCCUAAAGUACCUGCAUAAGUUCUUCAAUAUACCGUUCCUGCAGCUGCAGAGGGAGACCCUGCUACGGCAGCUGGAGACAAACCAGCUGGACAUUGAUGCCACGCUGGAGGAGUUGUCAGUACAGCAGGAGACUGAGGACCAGAACUACAGCAUCUUCCUUGAGAUGAUGGAGGCGCGCAGCCGCGGCCACGCUUCCCCCUUGGCAGCCAACGGGCAGAGCCCAUCCUCUGGCUCUCAGUCGCCGGUCGUGCCUCCGAGUGCCAUCUCCACUGGGAGCUCCAGCCCCAGCACGCCCCAGCUGCCCCUAGGCACCCCAUCCGCCGGCCCCCCCGCACUGCCCACCUCCCCCGCCCCUCCCAUGGAGGCCUUGCCCCCCACCGCCCCCGCCCCGAGACGCAGCCUUAUCUCCCGGCUGUUUGGGACCUCACCGGCUGCAGAUGGCAGCCCUUCGCCUCCAGAGUCGGCCCAGGCGACGGAAGCCCUAGAGAGAGUUCAGAAUGUUGAGGAGUUUGUUCCCGAAGACAGCCUUGACCGGAGCUUCCUGGAAGACGCCACCCUGCCUAGGGAGGAGAAGAAGGCAGGAGCCAAGGCCCCACAGCAGGACAGCGACAGUGACGGGGAGGCCCUGGGAGGGAACCCCAUGGUAGCAGGUUUCCAGGAUGAUGUGGACCUCGAAGACCAGCCUGGCGGCAAACCCCGGCCCUCGGCCCCUGUCCCCAGUAAGAACAUCAGUCUCUCCAGCGAGGAGGAGGCGGAGGCGGCCACAGGUCACCCUGCAGGUGUUGCCCUGGCUCCCCAGCCAUGUUCAGAGCCGGAAACGAAACGCUCCUCCGCCAAGACUGCGAAGCUGCAAAAGAAGGCAGCUCCCACACACGCAGAAGCACCGCCCCGGCCAGGCGGACGCCCUGCGCAGCCAGGGCCCGAGCUGGGCAGCACCAGACCCCCCACAGAGGGUGCCCACCGGCCCCAGGAAGGCAAGGACAAGCAGGCGUCGUCAUCCGAGAGUGACCCCGAAGGACCCAUUGCUGCCCAGAUGCUGUCCUUCGUCAUGGAUGACCCUGACUUUGAGAGUGAAGAGUCGGAUGCCCAGCGGAGAGGGGAUGAGUUCCCCGUGAGAGAAGACCUCUCUGACGUGACCGAUGAAGAUUCAGGCCCUGCCCAGCUCCCUUUGCCCCCCAAGCCCCCCGUGCCGUCCUUCAGACUGAAGAAUGACUCUGACCUCUUCGGGCUGGGCCUGGAAGAGACAGAACCCAAGGAGAGCAGUGAGGAAGAUAAGGACGGCAAACCACCUUCUAAGGAGAAGAAAAAGAAAAAGAAGAAGAGCAAAGAGGAGGAAGAGAAGACUGCAAAGAAGAAAAGCAAACAUAAGAAGAGCAAGGACAAGGAGGAGAGCAAGGAAGAGCGGAAGAGAAAAAGGAAGCCAACUCGCAGCAAGGAGCAGAAGGCCGCUGAUGAGCUGGAGGCCUUCCUUGGGGGCGGGGCGCCCAGCAACCGCCACCCUGGGGGUGGGGACUAUGAAGAACUCUAGGCCUGCUCCUGGCAGUUGACCAGCCUGCCCGCGGUCCUGCCACCUCCUUCCAGCCACCGUCUUUGUCCCCAUGUGGCCUGAUCCACUUUGCAUUCACUUCCAUGCUGGGCAGGACCCGAGGCCAAGCUCUGGGGGUCAGGCCCAGGGGCCGGGCACUGCGCGUGCCGGGCCUCCACCCAGCCGGAGCCUGCUCUGCAGGGAGGGAGGGGACAGCUGGGCCGCAGGUGGCCUGGUGGACCAACUGGCCCUCCAGGCAGAAUGCAGCCAGUCCCCAGCGUUUCUCAGGGAUGUGUCAGGCCGAGGAGGGACCCCAGAGGGUCUGUUUACAGAGAUGGCGCGGGGCUGCUUGGCUUCUCAGAUGUCCACCACCCAGCCCCGCACCUGCUUGCCCUCCCGAGCUGUCCCAGGGCCCAGCAUGCCCACAAGGCUCUGCUUCCCACCAAGAGGCUUGGGCGGUGGAGCCCCAGCCCCAGAGCACAGGUGAGCCCUGGCUGGCCCAGGCCGGCAAGGCCCCCGCAGCAGCUCCUCUCCCACAAGGGGCUCUGUCGGUCUCGUGGGAAGAGCCAGGCUGGCCCAGGGAGGCACCUUCGCAGACACUCCACCCAGACUAUAAAGCUCUUGGGUUUUACCAA